AUGUUUGUCUGUUUCGAUGGGAUUCAUCCAACCAGUCACUUGUUAAAUUCAUGGUUGCUCCACCAUUCUGAGAAUAAACCAUUGUCAUCUACCUAUGUGGUUUCAUCCAAGUGUAGAGCACUUCAGCUAACUCGGAUACUGACUUUAGAAUUGAGUUGUACCAGAUUGAAUGGUGGCCGAAGCUUAUUGGCAUUGUGGAUUUGGCAACAUGAACAAUGUAUGUAUGAAAUAAGGCUUGGUGGAGCUUCUAAGUGUUUUUUUCUUCCAACUGUCAAAGUUGUGGAUGUUUAA